GGUGCGGGGCGGCCCAACCGCCGAGCGUCGUGGCCCGAGCGCCCAUGUCCCCGAGUGUCCCAGCUCCCGGUUACCGGAGAGCCGGACGGUAGCGGAUUGCCCAAAGCUUUGGGAGGCCCGGCGGGGACGGUGACCUUUCACCUAAAGGGAACGCUUCCGUCUCGGCGCCGCUUCCCCCGCCCCGGGGCUGCGCGCGUGGUGGGUGCAGGGCAGGGAGCUGCGGGGCGCAGGACCGGAGGGACCAUGUACCCCGGGGCUACGGGAUGACACCUCCUCCGGCUCAGGAUUCUGCUUGCAUGAGAGGACCAGCAUCCGCUGCGGCUGUAUCUUUGAGGGAAGGUGGCCUAGGGCUAUCUCAUGCACUGGGCAUAUCAAAGCUUCCAGUAGCUCUUUUGUUAGGAGCCCUGCCUGAGUUUCUGCAGACAACGUCUCAUGAUGUGCAGAUAUUGCCAGGUUGUCCCCUAUCCCUGAGUUAAGCAGGUCAGCCUAAGCUGGAAAGGACAAGCAAAAGAGACUUGAAGUUAAAUCCGUUUAGGGCUUUUUUCCACCGCUUGGGAGUUGUUAGUGUGUCUUAGACUUCGAGGGAGGGGUUUGUUCUUUGUUUUUAAAACAGUGUCUGCUUGUUUACUGGGUUGAGUAAUUGUCUCUAAACUUUAUGUGUCUACUUUGGUAAAUUUGGAAAGAGAUUAUUGAUCUGUUCUAAUCAAACAGCAAACAUGAAAAAGGAAAUCGUUUGGGGAGGGUGUCUUGGGAGUUGUAGUUUGGUGGGACAGAAAUUCAAGUCCAUUAGAGAAGAUUCCAGGAAGGGAAGAAAAGUGGGAGUUUAUUGUGGACCAUUUAACAUUGAGAAAGAACAGAAAGCCUGGAUGACCUGCAGGAAGGAGCCAGGCUGGUGACACAUGCCUGUAAUCCCAGUCCUCGGGAGGCUAAAGCAAGGCAGGAAAGGUCACCUGGAGUUCUUGUGGAGACUGGCUUGGAAAUCAUGUAUCCAAACCCCAGAAGAUGUAUAGAAGAUAAAGGAAAGGUCCUACUUCCUUUGUAUCAAUAUGGCCAGUAACCUUUUGGUGUGCAUCUUGAACCUUUGGAUACACUAUACUUUGACCAUUAGAUCAUGGCGACCAUAGAAGAAAUUGCACAUCAAAUUAUCGACCAACAGAUGGGUGAGAUUGUUACAGAGCAGCAGACUGGACAGAAAAUCCAGAUCGUGACAGCACUUGACCACAGCACACAGGGCAAGCAGUUCAUUCUGGCAAACCACGAGGGAUCCACGCCAGGGAAAGUCUUCCUCACAACUCCAGACGCCGCAGGUGUCAACCAGUUGUUUUUUACCAGUCCUGAUCUGUCCGCACCGCACCUCCAGCUCUUAACAGAAAAUUCUCCUGACCAGGGACCAAAUAAGGUUUUUGAUCUUUGUGUUGUGUGUGGAGACAAAGCAUCAGGACGUCAUUAUGGAGCAAUAACUUGUGAAGGCUGCAAAGGAUUCUUUAAAAGAAGCAUCCGAAAAAACCUAGUCUAUUCCUGUCGAGGAUCCAAAGACUGCGUUAUUAAUAAGCACCACCGAAACCGCUGCCAGUACUGCAGGCUGCAGAGGUGCAUUGCCUUCGGGAUGAAGCAGGACUCUGUUCAGUGUGAAAGAAAACCCAUUGAAGUUUCCCGAGAAAAGUCUUCCAACUGUGCAGCUUCAACAGAAAAAAUCUACAUCCGCAAAGACCUCCGAAGCCCUCUAGCCGCAACGCCAACCUUUGUAACAGACAGCGAGACUGCCAGGUCAGCUGGACUGUUGGAUUCAGGAAUGUUUGUGAACAUUCAUCCCUCUGGAAUAAAAACAGAGCCAGCUAUGCUAAUGGCACCAGAUAAGGCUGAAUCAUGUCAGGGAGACUUAAGCACAUUGGCCAGUGUGGUCACAUCAUUAGCGAAUCUCAGCAAAGCUAAAGACCUUUCUCACUGCAGUGGGGAUAUGCCUGUGGUGCCCAGCUUACGCAACGGGGAUACGUCCUUCGGUGCUUUUCAUCACGAUAUUCAGACCAAUGGUGAUGUUUCAAGGGCAUUUGACACUCUUGCAAAAGCACUGACUCCCGGGGAAAGUGCCACCUGCCAGAGCCCAGAAGAGGGCAUGGAGGGAAGCCCGCAUCUAAUCGCUGGAGAGCCAAGCUUCGUGGAGAAGGAGGGGCCGCUGCUGAGCGAGUCGCAUGUAGCUUUCAGGCUCACCAUGCCUUCUCCUAUGCCCGAGUACCUGAAUGUGCACUACAUUGGGGAGUCGGCCUCCAGACUGCUGUUCUUAUCGAUGCACUGGGCACUUUCCAUACCUUCUUUCCAGGCAUUAGGGCAGGAGAACAGCAUAUCACUGGUAAAAGCGUAUUGGAAUGAACUCUUUACCCUUGGUCUUGCCCAGUGCUGGCAAGUGAUGAACGUGGCAACUAUAUUAGCAACGUUUGUCAACUGUCUUCACAGUAGCCUUCAGCAAGAUAAAAUGUCCUCAGAAAGGAGAAAGUCGUUGAUGGAGCACAUCUUCAAGCUACAGGAGUUCUGCAACAGCAUGGUUAAGCUCUGCAUCGAUGGGCAUGAGUACGCCUACCUCAAGGCCAUCGUCCUCUUCAGUCCCGAUCACCCAGGCCUGGAGAACAUGGAGCUAAUUGAGAGAUUUCAGGAAAAGGCUUAUGUGGAAUUCCAAGAUUAUAUCACCAGGACAUAUCCAGAUGACACCUACAGGCUGUCUCGAUUACUUCUCAGACUGCCCGCCUUGCGGCUGAUGAACGCCACCAUUACUGAGGAGUUGUUCUUCAAAGGUCUCAUUGGCAACGUACGGAUCGACAGUGUUAUCCCACACAUUUUAAAAAUGGAGCCCGCAGAUUAUAACUCUCAAAUAAUUGGUCACAGCCUUUGAGAGCUGAGGUCACUCUGCUAUGGACUAAGUUUACUGUUCCUUCUCGGGACACAAGAAACCAAAUGGAACUGUUGCUUCCAGGGAGUCUGCGAAUAGUAACUGUAAGAGUAACCAAAACUGAAAGUAUUUUUCUUUUGGAUUCCUUAAGAAGAAAUUAAGCGACCAGGCAGGGGUCAGGAAAUAUACUACCCUGUCUGUCCUCUAGGGAUGAUUUAAAAAUGGUACUGGGCUGCUUUUGGUGAGGAUGACACCUAAGACUGUCUCCUCCUGACCAUCUACACUAAGUUUUCUCAUUCUAUUUUAUAAAACAAAUAAACUAGUCUUUUCCCCCCUGAAUUGUGUUCUCUUCCUGUUUAAUUCCAUUGAGCCAGUACAGUAAUAAUGAAAUACCUAAGCAGAAAUUUCUUACAUCUUACUCAUCCAUAAUCAUUUUAGUUACAGGGCCAAAGUUAUUCUGUGCUCACUUAUAUAAUAAUGAUAAUAUUAGAGCUAUAGGAAGUAAGAAAUGAAUAUAUAUAUAUAUACAUAUAUAUAUAUGCACAUACACACACACACACAUAUAUAUACAUAUACAUACAUAUAUAUAUAGGCUUUUAUAAACAUCAAGCAUAUAACACUCUUUAGCAAUAUAACACUCUCGUUGCUGGCAAUGAGACACAAGCCAUUUGUAUUUUCUUUCAUAGUGUAGUAGAUUAUUAGUUAUAAGCACUUUUAUUCAUUGCGGUAGCAAAUUAGUCUUGAGAAUAAGAUGGGGAUCCUGUUUUAAAUUUGGGGGUUUACUGUGUUUUAAACAUAGUACAGACUGCCCCCAGGAUGUAUUGGUAUUUUAGAAUGGAUGGUAAAGCAGUUGCUUUUUUCAUUCCACAGAAAGCAUCCAUCCUCUUCUCAGACGGCGUUCAGCUUGUUCGCCCUGCCCUGGCCUUUAGCCACUUUUAUUGGGUCCUUUAAAAAAAAAAACUCACCCAGUUUGUUAAGUAAUGCAAUUAUCAAAGCCAAUAUGGUUCCAAGGUGAGUUAAAUAAUUCAAGCAAUUGAUAAUUCAUAAAGGCAAAAGUCUCUGCACUGAUUCUUUUCCCUGCAGAGCCGAGGAAGGUUGCUCUAACAACCUCAAGUUUCAUUAUUUGCUACAACCAAAGCAUUUUAGACUCCUCAGUCUUCCACACCAAUAUGACAGGCAUCAGUCGCUCUUUGUACUGAUUUUAUAAUGGAUUCCUUUAGUAAAUCUGUUCAUCUAUUUGUUGAUCUUCUCCUCCAUCUCUCCUCUUCCCUUUCUUCUUUCUCCCUCUCUCCCUCCUUCUUUUCCACAUCUCUGUUUUGUUUUCUUGAGACAGGAUCUUGCUACCCAGCCCAGGCUGAACUCAAGUUUGCCGUUAUCUUCCUGCCUCCGACUCCCCGUUGCUGGGAUUAUAGACAUGCACCACACGCUGGUAUUUAUUUUUCAAACACAGAGAUUUUAUUGCAGCUAGAGUACAUUCUUUAUUAUUAAUAAAGAGUUUUGCUGAAUUUUUCUAUGAGGGGGUAGAUUUUACUACUAAUAGUAGUAACAAAAAGUUUAAAAGUGUAGUCUUGCAAAUGUUACCAACUUACUAGGAGGGCUUUAUUUCCUGUUUCAUCCUGUCAACAGCUCUAUUUAUAAGAAGCUGCCAGGGAACACUGCAUAAAGCAUAAAAUGCUCAAGCAGAAAGUCUCAGUAGGGUAUGUGUAACCUGCAUCCUAGCACAUCUGUAGAUGACGAUGUCAUAUCACAGUGUCAAAAUGUUGGCUCCUUUGAUACCUUUAUCAUCUCAAGAUAAUAAGCCAAGGAUUCACCAAAAAAAAAAAAAAAAGUGUCCUAAUGGUUAUUUCUUUGAGAUAUUUUUCCUGAUGAAAUUUGUAGUUACAUUGGGAAGUCUUUUUAAAACUGUAUUAA